CAACGUUUGUCCGUCAUGAGUUUUAAUUUGUUAAACAUUUUCGGCAAUUUAUUUGCAAACGAUGGAAAUACACCUCUCUCUACUAGUGAAGACACAAUCCUAGUCUCGAUGGAAGUCGAAGAAACUCGGCCCAAGGAUGGAUUGAGAAACUAUUACAUAGCCAAAAUAGAAGAAUUGCAGAGUGUUUUGAGUGAGAAGUCGCAAGAUGUCAGAAGGUUGGAAGCUCAACGAAAUGAGCUCAAUGCUAAAGUGAGAAUGUUGAGGGAGGAGCUAAUGUUGUUACAGGAACAAAGCUCUUACGUUGGUGAAGUCAUCAAACCAAUGGACAAGAAGAAAGUGUUAGUCAAGGUACAUCCGGACGGUAAAUUCGUCGUUGAUUUAGACAAGAGUAUAGAGAUGAGUCAAGUAACCCCCAAUCUAAGAGUAGCCCUCCGCAACGACAGUUACACCCUCCACAAGAUCCUACCCAGUAAAAUAGACCCUCUAGUCAGCUUGAUGAUGGUGGAGAAGGUUCCAGAUUCUACUUAUGACAUGGUCGGAGGUCUUGACAAACAGAUCAAAGAAAUCAAAGAGGUCAUAGAACUACCUGUAAAGCAUCCCGAACUUUUUGAAGCCCUGGGAAUAGAGCAGCCCAAAGGAGUGCUGUUGUACGGACCUCCAGGAACAGGAAAGACGUUACUUGCACGUGCUGUCGCGCAUCAUACAGAGUGUACUUUCAUCAGAGUCAGUGGUUCAGAGCUCGUCCAGAAAUACAUUGGAGAAGGUUCGAGGAUGGUCAGAGAAUUGUUCGUAAUGGCGAGAGAACACGCACCAUCUAUUAUUUUCAUGGAUGAGAUAGAUUCUAUUGGAUCAUCUAGACUUGAUGCCGGACACGGGAGUGACAGUGAAGUACAGAGAACCAUGUUGGAGUUGUUAAAUCAGCUUGACGGUUUCGAGGCUACCAAGAACAUAAAGGUUAUCAUGGCUACUAACAGAGUUGAUAUUUUGGAUGACGCUCUUUUGAGGCCUGGUCGAAUUGACCGAAGGAUAGAAUUCCCACCCCCUGGUGAAGAGGCUCGUAUGGACAUUUUGAAGAUACAUUCUCGGAAAAUGAAUCUAACGAGGGGAAUAAAUCUUAAGAAAAUAGCAGAGCAGAUGUCAGGAUCGUCUGGCGCUGAAGCAAAAGCAGUAUGUACUGAAGCAGGAAUGUACGCUCUCCGAGAACGCAGAGUACAUGUGACUCAAGAAGAUUUCGAGAUGGCAGUUGCUAAAGUCAUGCUGAAAGAUUCAGAAAAAAACAUGUCUAUCAAACAAUUGUUCAAGUAGCUGCAAAUCUGCCGAUGUAUCUUUCAGAAACGUUGCUGUCUUUUUUAGGACUGUCCUAAGUUGCUGAUAGAAUUUGAGCGUUUUAAAUUUAAAGUUUAGCACUGACCCGACAAUCAAGUCUUGCAAUCUUGUGUUGUCAACAGACAAACUCCCUUUUCAAAAUUGUCGCUCAUUCAGGCUUAAAGGGAAAUGGCUAUGUUCUAAGUACUUCAGGAUGCAAAUAAAACUCAUUUCUAGCUUAAAUAAUGCCCCGGCCUAAUUGCACUCCAAUAUCAGUAAUUCGCUGAAACGGCCUUGACAAGGGACAUAUUCAACAAGAUAAUAUUAUAAAAUGAGCAGCUCUUAUACUCAGAAAUGGUGUGGGUAUUUUGUACUAAUUAUAUGUCGGUUUGUCAGUAUAUUAUAUGACCCGCAAUGAAAGUUUUGAGAUAGAGCCUCUAUAAAAUAGAAUAUAUUGAGCAAUGCUUUUUUGAAAGGAAGUCCAAAAUAUCAAUGAUUGUACUGGUUACAAUAACACUAUAUUGAAGUAGUGCAAAAUUUGAAAGUUAUUUGUAUUAAAUAGUUAUACAAUAAUUGUAA